AAGGGUUUGGUUUUCAAGUUAUAAGAUGCAUCUGUAGAUGAUUCACACCAGCAUCAAGAUGUCUGGACGAUCAGGCCGCGCCGAGACCCGAAGUCGCGCUAAAGAUGAUAUCAAAAAGGUCCUGGCAGCCAUUGAAAAAGUGCGCAAAUGGGAGAAGAAGUGGGUGACGGUGGGGGACACGUCCCUACGCAUAUUCAAGUGGGUGCCGGUGACAGAGACCAAGCAGAUCUAUCGCACCAAGUCUGCGGGCGGAGACGCCAGGGGGCUGAAAGACGUGGUUCUAGAAAACACCAGCUCGCUGCUGGAUUUCAACGAUGAAAACAGCAACCAGAGCUUUCUGUCAGAUGUCUACCAGUCUAAAACGGAUAACACCAGCAGCACUUCCAGUUCACAGCAAGUCAGCCCUCCGCAUAACUCCAGCCUCCGUAUGGAGGACUCCCAGCCCCCCAUGUUAGGCCAGGAAAGUGUGGACGAGCCAAUCCAUCCAGAAGAAGAAGGGGCAGAUGAACCUCCUACUCUGAUCAAGGAGGAUCUUCUAUCAUCCACCACUGCUAGACGGAGUGCUCCAAGCACACAGGAAGAUCUGGACGUCUCAGGAGCCCCUCCUCUAAAGAAGAUUUGCACAGGGGAAAACACUGUUCCGAGAUAACUUACCUAUAACUUACCUUUCAUCAGAACACAAACAGACCCUGUUCUAAGUUUAUUGUAAGCAUCAGCAUAGCAUUAUCUAAAUAAGUUCAAAAUAUUCAAUUCUACUUUUGAUGCAUGUGCUCAGAUAUUGUACAGAAGCGCAUAACAAACAAGAAAAAGAAGCUUUUAUUAUUAAGGCUCUUUUUUUAACUUGUGCUUAUGGUCAGAUAUGUUUCUCGCUUACCGUUUCUCCUUCGUGUUUUUCAGGAUGACAUUUAUGAUAAAUUGGUCUUAGAUCUGAUGCCCUGCUAUGUAAAACUGAUGACACAAUCUAUGUUUUCACAGCACAAGAAAAAUAAUGAUCAGUUGUACAAAACUACUGUUUAUCUAAUAUGUUCAUGCUCAGUUUGAUAAUAAUAAACUGUCCCCCGCUCCAAAAAAAACCAAAACUUUACAUAAUACCGGAAUGUAUGAUAAGGUAAGAAACUUUACUCACCUGUACCUUGCUUUUGCAUAUUUAUAUGUUAUAUUGUGAUUACAUUGCUUUGGCAUAUUUAUCUGUUAUAUUUUGGUAUUUUUAAACUUAAAAGCAAAUUUAAAAAGUAGGACUUUUUUACUUCAAUUUAUGCGGACAAAUGUUUUAGAAUACACUGUUUGAGAUCAAAUAUGCCUGUAAACAGCUUUUGCUCAUUCUUUCAAAAAAGGUAAAAUCUUUGUUUCCAGUUUAUGCAGAUGUUUAGAUGUGCCAAUCAAUAUGAAUACAAUGCAUGAGUUUUAAAAAGGGCAUUUAGGUUUAGCUCCUAGCUUUCAUUGUAAGCAUAAAAUGCAACUGUUCCUAUUCAUUGUGAUACACUUUACUCACGUUUAAAGGUGACGGUGUUAUUGUAAACCACUAUAAAUGUUAUUUUCAGUUUCAACUGAUGUCACCGGCCUUGGAAUAAUUCCACAACUAUGCAAUGUAUGUACAGCAGUUAAUGUACUAAAGCUUUGGUUGAAACUUACCAGACGUUGUGAAAGCAUCACCCAUAGAGAUAGUGUUGCUGUUUCAUCCUAUCGUCAUAAACUCUGGCUAUAAGCUUUGUGACUGUUUAUCAAAUCUCUUUCAAAUGGUGUCCUCAAAGUUGAUAUAGAAACCCAUUUAUGUCAUAAAACUCUCACCAUUUCUGUGUUCAAAAAUAAACUAUCUUAAA